ACCCGUUUUCCUGCACCCUCAUUCUCGAUGCCUCCAAAAUCUAUAUUUCGUCAACCAGGAGCAAAGCAUUUUCAGCUCGUUCAUAGAUCUCAAAGGGACCCCCUUUAUAAUGAUCCAGAUGCCAGUAAACAUGUGUUCAAGGAGGUAAUACGAGAGACCCACAACCAGGGAAGAAGUAGAGCUGACCUAGAAUCUACUCUUUCGGAAACAGACAUUGCGCACGAUGCUCAGGCCCGUGUAGGAGAAGCAACUCUCUACGGUGUCUACUACGAUGACACAGAAUACGAUUACAUGCAACAUUUACGGCCGGUUGGAGUAGAGGAGGAAGGAGUAGAGAGUAUUUUGAUUGAAGCUCCUCAAUUAGUCCAGAAAAAUCGCGAGGCGAACAAACAAGACAGAGUAAAAAGCGGCAGAAUUACUUUGCGAGACCUACCUGCAGACGUCCUUCCUUCGACAUCAGAACUCCCUCGAACAUAUGAAACCCAGCAAUCUAUACCCGACAGCCUAUCCGGUUUCCAGCCUGAUAUGGACCCACAUCUACGGCAAGUGUUAGAAGCGUUAGAAGAUGAUGCUUUCGUCGACGACAGUAUGGAGGAUGACUUCUUUGAGGGUCUUGUGAAAGAAGGCGAGAGAGGAAGUGACGAUGAAGUAGAAUUUGAGUUCCGGGAGGAAGGUAUAUCCGAUGGCGAAAUCAUAGGAGAGGAGAUUCAAGAAGUUGAGUCUUCGACGUGGGAGGAACAGUUUUCACGGUUCAAGAAAGCACAAAGGACUGCACCCCCAGCACCCACGAGCGACGACAACGAUUUUGCGUCAGAAGGUGGAGACACAAUCUCCGGUUUACCUACGACGUCUGUUAUCGGCGGUAAAAACCGGAGGCGAAAAGGCGCAAGUGAUGCUUCUGGGUACAGCAUGAGUAGUUCCAGCAUGUAUCGCAAUGAUGCCUUGCAGACUUUGGACGAACGUUUCGAUCAGGUAAUGCUCAAGGAAUACGAGGAUGAAGACGAAGUUUCGCCUUCUGACGACGACCAUGAGGCACCCCAGCUCAUCACUUCUCGCGAGGACUUUACUUUUAUAAUCGAUCAGUUUCUCAACGACUACGAGCUUUUGGGAAGGAAAAUGAAGCCCAAAUUGGAAGGGGAGACAGGCGUGCAAAAACUUGAUACAUUGAGGCGGUCUAUGGGUCAGGAUCGACGUGUCCGAGAAAGUACAGGAGAAAGUGAUGAGGAGGUAGUGGAUGACCUUUGGGUGGAGACGGAGGGAAAAGAGGACAAAUGGGAUUGUGAAACGAUUCUCACCACCUAUUCAAACCUCGAAAAUCACCCCAGGCUUAUUCGCGCACGAGAUUUCAAGCCUGUUGCCAAGAUUUCGCUGAACCCAAAAACUGGUUCACCCUCUAUAUCCGAAGAUCCUUCAAAAAAACAUUCAGUCUCCCAGAAAGUAAAGUCUCAUGCAUACGAUCAUGAUUCUGGCAACUCGGAUUAUGACGAUUCAACUCAUCCGGGGCGACAAACAAUAACCCGUUCGCGAAAUGAGACGGCGGAAGAGAAGAAGGCGAGAAAGGCUGCAGUGAAGGGUCAACAAGCCGCUAGAAGGACCGAGAAGAAAUCCAACAAAUCGGCCUAUGGAAACGAGCUGCAAGCGGCCAAAUUGAGAGCGCCGAAUCAGAAGGGUGUCCGCAAAUUGUGACUCUAAUGUUUGCUGGAUACACUUGCUGUAGCUAUAAUAGAUCUGUAGCGUCUGAGGGGAAGCUAGUAAAGCGUUUUAACAUGACGGACCACCAGC